ACAAAUUCUCUCUCUUCCAAAAAUCUUUAUCAAACAUUCUUGAUCUAUACCCAAAUCAACGAAGAUGUUCAACUAUACCCACAAUCACCGGCCAAAAAUCGCUUAAGAUAUUCAAAAUCGCCGUAGAAUAUCAACAAUCGCCGGAGAUAUUCAACAAUCACCGGAGAAUUUCAACGGUCACCGCCGGAAUAAUCAGGCUAAAAACGACGGGAUUUCAGUCAUCCGCUGUUACAACUAAAGAUCCGAGGAAAAAAUGAGCCCAGCUAAAAAGACUCGCCGUACGCCGGUUGUCGAUAAAGGUAAGCAAGUGCAUCAUGAUAAGAAGUUGCAAAAAAGGAAGCUAAUAAACAGUGAUUUGGACACACCCGGAAAAAACAUGAAGAAUAUAAAAAAAGUGACACCGGAUGCUAACACGGGCGGGCCAGCAACGCGAACAAGAGGAGGUAAGCAAGCGCAUCGGGAUAAGAAGUUGCAAAAAAGAAAGCUAAUAAUUUCACCAGACAGUGAUUUGGACACCCCCGGGGAAAACAUGAAGAAAAUAAAAAAAGCCGAUGGCGAUGCGGGCGGGCCAGCAACACGUACUAGAGCAGGUCAACAAUCACGGACGGAUAGCGAAGCAAAGAAAAUUGUGAAAAGGAAAUUAAUAGUUUCAGUGGAUAGCGACUCAGGGAUGUGGUUAGAUGAGGCACUUUUUGAUGUUGACUGGGGAUCAUUUUACUUCACUACACAAGUUACCCCUGUCAAAAACUCUUCAUCUGUGGUGCUCGCUGACCAAGCUAAACCAGUCAAUGCCACCCAAGAGAACCCCCCGGCAGUUGAUCCAAAGACUACCAAUGAUCCCGAAGAUGAUCCUAUAGAUGAUGAUUACUCUUGUUACUCUCCAAACACUCUUGUCUCGUGGGCCAACCACAACCCGUGGGAGAGUGAGCUUAGCCCAGAACCACUCAGCACUGAAAUUGAAUAUGGCACUCCAAGAUCGUUUCUUGACUAAAAAGUGGUGUUUACGUGAAGUUACUAGUAUGUGUGUGAAAAAAAAUGUGUCCCAAUUUUCCCUCUCUCAUGCGAUAUAGGGGCUACUUUCCUUAUCCUAUGUUGUUUACCAUAUCUAGUGUUAAAGUUAUUAUGUACUCAACUAUUGUGUUAAAUCUAUGUUUUUCCAA